GAUCAACAGCCUGAAAUGCAGAUUGGUUUGCCAACAGAUGUAAAGCAUGUAGCUCAUAUAGGAGCUGAUGGCCCAUCUGUAAAUUCUAAUGCACCCAGCUGGAUGAAUGAGCUUAAAUCAGCAGCACCAGGAGCACCUAAUUUAGCUAAUGGAGGAGAAGUUGCCAAACCUGUCUCACAAGGUAUACCAUAUAUUGGUUCUGGGUUAAUUAAUGGCAAUAAUUUAAGGAUGUUCGUUGAAUUAACCCACUAUUGUUUUUGUUUUUUGACAGAUAAACCAGAAGUGGGUAAAUCAUCAAAGCGAAGUUCAUCUACAAAUGUAAACGGCACCGGAGAUUCUUCAUUAAAAGAAAAACGUGACAAUAUCUCACAAAUCCAAACCUCAUCAUCAACAACAGAUAAACCAGAGCAACCCAAAUCAUCUAGGCGCACUUCAUCUGCAAACGGAACAGAUCCUCCAUUAAAGGAAAAACGAGAUAAAAAUUCACAAAGUACCCAAAGUUCUUCAUUUUCAGAUAUGCCCGAACAACCCAAAUCAUCAAAACGCAGUUCAUCAACGAACGUGAAAUCCAGGGUGGAAGGUACAAAGGAGAAACGAGAUAAACCUAAACAUUCGAAGAAGCCAUCGAAGAACUCUUCUUCCGAUACUGUUAGCAAGCCUAAAAAAGCACCCAAAGAUCCGAGUGAAACCACUGAGUCGAACUCGGAAGACCUGCCGAAGAAAAGCAGUCGUCGGAAAAAGACGAAAGACGGCGCCGUUAGUGGAACAACCAAGCGGAACCAGACCCAGGAUUUGGAUUCCGGGUCGGAGUUUGGGUCCGAAUCUAGAUAUGGUUCGGGUUUUGAAGAUGGGGAAGAAGGUACAAGAGAAACUUAAAUAUAUAUAUAUAUUGUUUGCUUUAGCGGAAACCAAGAGGAGAUUACACCUUUUUUUUUUUUAUAUAUUGGAUUCUUUUUCUUCUUUCCCACCUUGGGAAAACCUUGUAUGAUAAAAGAAUCCAUCGGAACAACUUGUUUGAAACUUGGAAAUUAAAACUCAGUUCUGCAAUCUGAAUUCCAUAACAUUGUUAUAGGGUGAGCCACUGAGUCUACUCAGCCGAGUUAGAGGAAGAAAACAAUGAGCUUUAUAAAAAUUGGAAAUA